CGCUAUAUUGACUGCAAUCAGCUGGACGGCGUACUGCCAUGUGUUUAACGUUUGGGGUGUGAACAGAAUUGUGCACAAUGCCGAUGCGAGGGAGGGAUCCCAUCCGUCGAACAAUACAGUAUUUAAAGCAAGGAAAACUACAUUUGCGUGAAAAUGUACAGAUUUUCACGAUUAACUAUAACCAAAAGGGUGCUGCUAGUAAAGGAGCCAGGGAUUUUAUUUACUGGAAUCUAGGACAGCUGCAGUAUAAAAGUCCACAUGUACAAAUCUUGACAUUCAAAAAUCUAACUCCAACACCUCUUAUCCAAUCAUGGCUAGUUACCGGGGAAGAGGUUGUCAUGGAUAUUGAUAGCAAAGAUAAUAAUCAAAUUCUUGAAGCAAUUCAGAAAGUGUUGGGAAAGUCUGCUGAAACUUUGGCAGCUGAAGAAAGAGUACGAGCUAAGAGUGAUAACCCAGCAAACUUUGGAGAAGGAUGCCUUAGGAAGUGCAUAUGUGAAGUCCCAGGACAAAUACCAUGCCCUGGAGUUAUACCAUUACCUAAGGAAAUGAGGGGAAAAUACAAGAAGAUGGCAGAACAAUAAUUUAUGUGUUUUUUAGUUAUAAUUGGAGAAUAAGAUUUGAACAUUAAUGAUUAGCCAGAGAGUCUCAUUAACUUUUAAGACUGCAUUUUAUUUUUGUUUCUGAUAUUUUUGUUUAUUUUAGCAGAUACUGAUCUGUAUUUAAGAUUUGAAUUAUGGCCAAUUAAAAUGAUUUUUAGUCCCUGUUCGAAUGCUGUCCGAAAACAGGGACUUAUGUUUU